UAAUAAUCAUGAUAACUGCACCAAAAAUAAGAUAGUUAUAAAUAAUAAACAUCUUAUUAAUAUAUUAAUAAGAUAUAACAAAAUAUAGUUUACAAUGAAACCACAAAUACAAUAUUAUAUUAAAAAUAGAUUUUCGUUUCUAGAUCUUUUUUUUUACGUUCAAGAAAUAACUGAAAAUGGUAGGUAUUUACCAAGUGUGCUUUGGAAAGGCUCAAUUCCGGUUUACAUAACGGACAAUCCUGAGGAAAUCCAGAUAUUAUUAAAUAGCCCUCAUGGUCUCUCCAAAACUUCCCAGUAUAGAUUUAUGAAAGAUGCUAUUGGUGAAGCCUUAAUUGUAGGAGAAGUUUCUUAUUGGAAGUACAACAGAAAAAUAAUAGCAAAAGCAUUCUAUAAAAAGAUAUUGGAUCAUCAUAUAAAUAAUUUUUCACAAAAUAGUUCUAAAUUAAUAGAAAAAUUAAAAAUAUUUGAAAAUAGCAAACACACGUUACAAGAAGUAUUUUGGGAGUAUUCUGUUGAGUUAUUUUUUCAAAAUAAUGUUGGCAAUUGUAUUACUGAAGACAUUAAUGAAAUUACUGAUGUACUGAACAAGUAGGUGCUUUGAAAUAAUAUUCUUAAGAAUGAGCAAACCUUAUCAGUGGUGGAAUUUCGUAUUUUACAACACUCAAACCGGAAAAUCAUUUAAGAAUAUGAUAACAUAUGCUAGAUCAAUUUUUAACGAAAUGAUUUAUGCGAAGAAAAAACUGAAAACAUUUGUUACUGAAGGUGACAACGUAAGCAAAUAUUCGAAACCAACACUGGAUCUACUUUUAGAAAAUGAAAAUGACAAAAUGACCCAACAACACAUAAUUGAUGAAAUUGUAUUACUUCUUGCAGCAUCGAGUGAUACGAUAGCGUGGACAAUAACUUUAACUUGUUACAUGUUGGGCAUGUACCCAGAUAUUCAAGAAAAUGUUUAUAAUGAAAUACUACGAAACACUGAUUUUUCGGAACCUAUCGACAGCACGACUCUGCCGAAAUUGGGAUAUACCAAAAUGGUGGUUAAGGAAGUUUUAAGAUUAUUUCCAUUAGGUCCCAUUGUUGCAAGGAAGACAACAUCAGACAUUAAUCUCGGUUCUAGAGUUAUUUUAAAAGGAAUGGAUUUUGCAGUAUCCAUCUUCAACGUACACCGUUCCAAAAAAUAUUGGAAGGACCCUUUAAAAUUUGAUCCAAACAGAUUUACACCGGAACAAGUAAAACAGAGGCAUCCAUAUACUUACAUUCCAUUUUCUGCUGGUCCCAGAAACUGCAUUGGAUGGAAAUAUGCAAUGAAUGUUGUAGUUUAUACAGUUGCUGAAUUAGUAAGAAACUUUAAUUUAGUUUCGGAAUAUGUGCCAAUAGAAAAUAUUGAUUUUGAUUGUUUGAUUAUUCUUAAGACAGUUGAAAAUGUUGUUGUGCAAUUUCAGGAAAGAACUAUGUAAUAUAUAAAAAUUGUCAUAGUUAAAUUAUUUAGAUUAACACCAAAACAGGAAAAGGUAGUAAUAAUGAGCGAUUGUCAUCAGUCGCAUGGACACUCGAUUGUUUUGCCCUGAUUAAUUUAUUUGAUAUUUUAGGUGUCUGUUUAUCAUAUAUAUUUUUAAUGGAUCUACAUCAAUAAAAUUAAUUAUAAACAACUACCUAUUUGUUUAUAAAUAAAUUAUUCAAUGUUGUUUAGGUCGUUAAUAACUAUUUAACAAGUGUAAAGCAAUUAUGUUCCAUAGAUAUGAAUGAGUAUGUCUAUCAAAAGAUGCCGCAUGUGAUGUUGAUGCUUUAGGCCAUAAUUUAUAUCUAUUAAACCUCUUAAGAUGAUUUUCCGUUAAUAUUAAAAUACAUUGAGAAUAGACUGGCAAUUUUAUAAAUAAUACCUAGUCAUAAAUAUCAAUUUCCAAAAGCUCUUACUUACAGAUUACAUUAUAAAUAUCUACAAUUUAAUUUUUUCAAAUUAUGAAUUCCAUAAUAUGCAGAAUCAAUCAUUUUUGAAGUGUGCCUAUUUUGUUGGAGCAUCAGCUGUUGGGGCAUCUGAGAAUUUACGAGUUACACAAUUAGAUUCAUGCCGAAUUGAUAGAUAUUGAAUUACGGUUUUCACCCUCCAUUUUUCGAAUACAAAAACGCCUUCAUACUAUGUAUAAACACCUAUUGUGAGUUGCUUGUACUGACCCACGAACUACGGGAACUACACCCACAAAACAGGAGAGUUAAUUCAAUCAGUAUAUUAUUUACUUGU